AAGCGGCUUAUGGCCAAACAAUAAGCAAACAAAUAUUCAAACUAGAACUGUUCGUUGGUAAAAUAUAUUUUAUUUUACGAUACAGUAUGGAGCCACCCGAGCAGUGCCAGCAGCUAAAGCCGCGUGCAAUUUUCGGUAUUAACGGUAAGGUGGAGAAUGGCGUGCGUCAGCAUCCGAAUUCGAGCGACAUUAUAUUCGCAUUGGGCAACAAAAUCGGCAUUGCCGAUCACAAAAAGAACACGCAAGAGUUCAUGCCGGGCCACAGCAACACCAUAUCGUGCCUGGAUGUUAGCAAGAGCGGCAAGUACUUGGCCUCGGGCCAGAUAAAUCACAUGGGCUUCCGCGGGUACGUCAUCAUUUGGGACUUUCAUCAGCGCAAGGAGAUUGCGCGUCACGACCUGCACAAGGUGAAGGUCCAGGCAAUAUGCUUCACGGCCGAGGAUCGAUUUGUGGUAUCCAUCGGCGGCGUGGAUGAUGGCUCGGUGAUUGUCUAUGACAUGGAAUCAUUCUCCCCAAUUUGCCGUCAGCCAGCUUCGCGUGCCAUCUCGGGGAAUGCUCUGAGUGUUCGUCCCAUGCACAAUAAUCCCUUCUUCUUUUUGACCGCUGGCGAUCGCCAUCUGCGCCUAUGGAGCAUUCUGCGCGAGCAGAAGAAACUGUACGUCCAGGACGUGCACAUGGCCAGCAAAACGCGCGUCUUCUACUGCGCCCGCAUCAACAAGAAGGACGAGAUCGCCUACCUGGGCACCGGCACCGGCGAUAUAGUGAAGAUUACGCUGAAUUGCUGUGACCGCGACCAUGUCAGCAAGCCGGGCACCACCAGCGGCAUCUUGGGUGCCUUUGGCACACACAAUGCCCGCAAGCCCUCGGGCAGGGACUGCAAUCGGUAUGUGAACGGGGUCCGAGCCCUGUAUAUCGUGAACGAUGGACGCCUGCUCAUCGGUGCCGGCAACGGCGAUGUGGAGCUGGUGGAGGAGCGCACCGAUGUGCCGCUCAUCAAUUUUCGUGACUAUCCGGGACCCACCUGGCCAUAUCUGCGCGUACUCAAAACGACACGCGUUUCGGGGCGCAUCUCAUCGUUCGUCCGCUCCACCCAGGAUUUGGUUUACAUUUGCACCGACACCAACGAGAUCUACGGCCUGACCAUUACCACGUGGAAGCUCAAGCUGCUGCGCACAUGCCACACCAAGUCCGUCUACUGCAUCACAUUCCCCAAGGCCUAUGCCGCCGUCUUUGCCACCUCGGGCAAGGAAUGCAUUCGGAUUUGGUCGUCGGGCCGCAAGCAGGAGCUGCUCCGCAUCAUGGUCUACAAUUUCAACUGCGCCGCUGUGCGCUUCACCCACGAUGGCACCAGCAUUGUCUCGGUGUGGAACGAUGGCAUCAUACGCGCCUUUACGCCCAUCACCGGGCGACUCAUCUACGCCAUUCCCAAUGCACACAACAAGGGCUGCAGUGCCCUGGCAGUGUCCUCCACGGGUCGCCUCAUUGUCACCGGCGGCAUUGAGGGACAGGUGCGUGUGUGGAAGAUUGAUCCGUAUCGCCAGUCGCUGCUGGGCGUGCUCAAGGACCACUCGGGUCCCAUCACAUCGCUGGACAUUAAUCAUCUGGGCACAGAGGUCAUCUCGGCCUGCACCGACGGCUCCUGUGUCAUCUGGGACCUCAACCGCAUGACCCGCAAGCAGGUGGUCACUGCCAACACACAAUUCAUGUGCGCCGCAUAUUUCCCCACUGGAGUGCAGGUGCUCACCUGCGGCUCGGACGGCAGGAUCAUCUACUGGAUGGUGUACAAUGGAGCUAUGAUACGCGAGCUGACCGCCUCGAAGAAGUCGUCGGUCAACUGCAUCUCGAUGAACGAUACCGGCGACUACUUCAUAAGCGUCGGCAGUGAUCUCCAGGUGAAGCUCUGGGACUACAACAAGGGCGACGUGGUGGGCGUUGGUUCCGAGCACGCUUCGUCCGUGAUCAGUGCCGCGUACAGUCCCUGCCUGAAGAUGUUCGUCACCGGCAGCACUGACGGCUCGCUCAUCAUUUGGGACGUGCCCAGCGAAUUCUGGGGCAGACCAAAUCCCCCAGAUGCCCCAGCCUACUCGCUGCCGAAAACGGCUUCGAAGGGCAAACUCAACGACGUCGCUUCACGCGUGGACUCCGGCUCCAAGGUACAGGCUAAGGGCGAGAAUAUCGAUGGUCUGCUAAAGGCUACGCCCAAGGACGACAUCUGCUGUGUCGAGUGUCCGCCCUGCGCCCAGAAGGAGAAGAAGGCUUCCGAUCCCUUUGCCGAGUGCAAGAUUGUCCCCGAUGUGAGGAAAUGUUGAGCGUUCAUUAUUUAGUUUAAGUUAUCAAUCUGCAAUGUGCAAUGCAAAAAUAAAUUCAGUCGUUCUC